AUGCCAAAAACAAUUGCUUCAAAAGAAUUCGAAUUUGCGAUGGUCACGGGGAAAAUUCAUUUUCUGAGAGCGAUGGGGGAAGGACAAUACAUGAAAGCAAAGAGCACUUGCAAAGGCGAAGGUUUCGCUCACCUCGUUAUGGACGAUCGAGGUCAAGAGUGGCACGAUUACGUCCUUGAAUUCAUGGAGUCGCAUUUCCCUUCCCAAGACAAGUUUUGGAUCGGAGCUGACGACUUUGAUUGGGAUUACGAGUUUUCUUGGGUUGAUGGAACUUUGGUGGCUGAUUCAAUGAAGACCUUCUGGCUUCCGGGCGAACCGAAUUUCAAGAAUGGAACCCAGAAUGCGAGAUGCGUCGCGAUCGUGAAGUCUCACGGGGGGAAAUGGGAGGAUAUCGUCUGUUUGGCACUCCUGCCUAUCAUCUGUGAAAUUCGUCUCCCCUAA